AUGUCGGAUGAUAUACCUCCCAAAGGGAUCCUUAAGAGUGAAGCUCUGAGACAGUACAUCUUGGAAACGUCAGCGUAUCCAAGAGAGCAUGAGCUGCUCAAGGAGCUUCGGAGAGUAACAGAAGAGAAAUUUGGCAACUUAAUCGAAAUGGUGAUUCCAGUUGAUGAGGGCAUUUUUCUAUCGAUGCUUUUAAAGAUCAUAAACGCUAAGAACACACUUGAGCUCGGUGUUUUCACUGGUUACUCUCUUCUCACCACGGCCCUUGCUUUGCCUGAAGAUGGUCGCAUUACUGCAAUAGAUAUUGACAAAGAAGCCUAUGAAGUGGGACUAGAGUUUAUGAAGAAGGCAGGUGUUGAUCACAAGGUCAAUUUCAUCUAUUGCGAUGGUAUGGAGGCCAUAGACAAAUUGGUUAACGACGUAAGUAAAAAAGAGUUUGAUUUCAUAUUUGCUGAUGCUGACAAGCCAAACUACGCCAACUUCCUUGAGAGAUUUCUGAAAUUGGUGAAAGUUGGAGGCAUCAUUGCGUUCGACAACACCUUGUGGUUUAGUUUUGUGGUUGAGGAAGAAGAGAACGUUCCUGAGUUUAUGAGGGAAGCAAGAGCAGCUCUUAUAGAAUUCAAUAAGAAAUUGGCUUUGGAUCCUCGAGUGGAAAUCUCUCAGAUCUCCGUUGGAGAUGGUGUCACGCUAUGCAGACGCCUUGUAUAA